GUUCUUUUCCUCCAGCCAGUCGUAAUGGCGAUUUCGUUGCAGGUGGAAGGUCUGUGAAAGACAAAAUCGGAAACAGAAAAAUACCAGAGCAUUUUGUUUCAGGGAAAAAUCCCUACAAAUUAAAGUUUAAUUUUCAAGAGCGUGCGCUCGCGUGUGUGUAAAUUACCUUAGUAAUUUAGCGGAAUUCCGUCUCAAAUCAAAGAAACUACGGUUCGCGACGAGUGUGUUUGCCUUCCGCCUGCAGCAUUCGCGUUUCAUUAUUUUUUCUUCAUUCCUCCGGAUUGACUGCCCCCUGAGUUUCGUUCCGGUUCCUAAAGCUAAUUCGCCGCAACCAACAACGGCUCGCGUGAUUCAAACAAACAAAAAAGUGCCACAAUAGGAGGAGGUGACCCCCAAAAAACGUGACAAAGAGAAAAUACCUUGAACCACCUCACCGCCCCCCACCCAGCAGCGAACGACCAUGCUUCCCACGUACCAGCGAAUAGGCGGCACCAGCCAACCGUCGAAUCCGCUGCUCGCCGUCCGGCGCUCGUUCCGCUCCAGCGAAAAGUGCCUCAUCCUGCUGGUGCUGCUGACGUUCGGUUUCGUGUGCUUCGGCGGGUUCUUCUUCCUGCCGGACAACUUCGGCGCGGACCGGGUGCUCAAAGUGUACAAACAGUUCCAGCGGGCGGGGCCGGAAAUUUUCAUCCCGCCGCCACCGCCGGCCCACGGGCUGAUGGACGGCGACGAAGAUCCCCACAAGCAGAACGACCGCGACAAACUGCAGGAGAAGAUCCAGAAGGAACUGCCGGACGAUUUCCUGGAGAAGCCCGAUCUGGACGAAUCCCGAACCGGUGGGCCCGAGUUCGAUAACGCUCUGGACUCGGGUGUGCCGGGACCGGUUGGAGGAGGGGAUGCACCCGGACCGAUGGCCGGUGGUCCGGAUGGUGUAGUAGCACCACCUCAGAUUCUGGAAGAACCGGAUGUCCGGGCCGGUGGUGGUUCUUCAUCGUCGAAGGGGUCGACGGUGGGUGGUGGCAUGUUCCACACCUUCAACUCGUCCGUUGGCGAAGACUCGGAUCCGGCGGUGCGCGAGAAGCGGAACAAAGUCAAAGAGGUAAGUGAGCUUUCUUUGUAGGAAAUUUUCUCUGUUUGAAUAUGUUGGAAUGGAAUUGACACCUCUCGGUAAAAAUCUUAGCCUCGUCAAUGUGAUCGGUCUUGACUCGCAACAAUUGAGUCAAUAUUAAAGUUCUGUGACCGAGUACAUACUUCACAGCCCGGGUAAGAAUGUAUAAGUGAACAAUCGGUGUCUUGUACCUACCGACCGAGUAAGGCACACUUGAAAUGACGUGGGUUAUCUUAUCAGCCAAGGGGUUCGUUCGGUUGAUAGGUGCUCUAGCGCAGCGCUACGCUCCGGUUGCAAAAGAGUGCGGUUCGCAUUUUCGGCAAUGAUGAAUGUUGACUACGUGAAAGGCGUUUGGUUUGGAUUCGAGUGACUGAGUUAUCGACUGAAGACGACGUGGUUUUCAGCUGAAUAACGUGCAUUCUUUCCUGACAGGAAGGCACAAGGGCAGGUGAAAUUGGCCAUAGCUGACGGUGGAGGUACAUUUAAGGAAUUGCUUUCACUUACAGCUGGGCUAACUUCGUACUACACAGUUGUUGAUAAAAAAAUGCCUAGCCAGAAUGAAACAAAUUUGUUGUUUCAUGCGGUUUGAAAUUUUGGUAGAUAAUAUUGUUUCCUUAAUCAAUGAAAGGUAGAAUAAAACAUUGUUAUUCACUAUGUAUACUUUGAAGCACAAAGAGAGUCAAACAAAAAGGUUUCUCCAAAAAACACGACAUCUCUGCAUUCUUCAAUAACUUUGUCAUAUAUGGAUAUUGUUCACUGAAAUUUCGGCAGGUUUCCUUGCUACUGGAUAACGAUUGUGUCAUAGUUGCUAUUAAAAUAAAUGCACAGGCCUGGUAGCGAGUCACUAUUUAGUGGCUUGGUCACUAUUUUCGUGUAAGUCACUUUAGUGACUUUAAACUAUUUUCAGGACUUUUCAACUAAAGUCACUUUUUUUGUUAAAAAGUCACUAUUUUCAACUAUUUUCAAUGUCCUGAAAUCUAGUCAGUGAGUAAAAUACGAGUUGAUAUUGAAAAUAAUGAAAAUGAAGCUGGACACAAUAAAAUGUCUAGUACGUAGGUCUGUUGUCUAAUUCACCAAUCAAAUUUGUACAAAGACUGACUUUGAUUAUUAGUGUUGUGUUUUUUUGCAUAUGAUUCAUGUGACUCCACUUUAAACUGAAAUGUGUGAUGGAAUCCUCGACAACAACAAACAAUCAUUGUUUUUUUUUAACUGCUGGUAAAUUUAAUUAAGCAUUUUUAGAAUUCUUGCUGAAAUUCUUGGCGGAGUUCGUGUUGAAAUUUUCAGUCAGCAUUUGAAAACCUUGUGUUGCUGCAAUAUAUAUGUACUUAUUUCUGAAUUUCUUGCAAGAUCUUCCGUAUGAUAUUCUGGAGCAGUACCUGGAAGAAAUUCUGGCAGCGUGAGUCUGAUAACAUUCUUUGAGGAAUGUCUGACAAAUGCAAUCCUGAAAAACAGUGGUUUAAUCAUUUAAGAAUACCUGGAAUAUUUUUUUACAACACAUACUUAUAAAAUGUUUUCUUUAAAAUACCCAAACAAAGAAUAACUCUGCCUUCGAAAAAUAUUCGUUGGUCUUUCAGUAUGCUUUUGUAGAAGUAAUGAAUGAUUUAUAACAAAACUUUUUGAGAAAUAUUCAAGAUGAUAUUUCCCAAAAAUCUUGACUAUUUAUUUUUCACAGACAAAUUUAAAUAACAGAAACUGUUUCUGAUGUUUUACUUUUAUUCUGACAGAUCAUACAUUUAUGAAGGUUAUUGAAAACGAUAGCUAAUAACACUAGUUCCAUGAAAAAGAAGAAAAUAAAUACAUCGAAAAUCCUGAUGAAGGAGAAAAUAUAACUAUUCAAUUGAACCUGAGACUAUCCAACCUGAGCUUUCCAAAUUUUCAGAUAAUCUAGUCAUCAAAAAGCCCAACUACUUCUCCCGUAAUGCGACGAAGAAUCCACCAGGAAGUGAAUGAACAAGCCUGUAAAUAUUUUGAGAAUUUCAUCAUAGACUCUUAAAAUAUGAGACAUUUAAAAGAAAUUUAAAAUUUUGUUACAAGUUCAUCUAACAUUGCUUUCCCUCCCCCUGGAUAUUCAAUCUUGACGCGAUGGGAGGGCUUAACCCAUUAGCACUUUAGUGCCAGUUUAUUCACCACCGCUUGGACUUUGAGCUAGAUAUAUCUGGUUUACGAGUUGAGCGCAAGUGAAGGAAUCGGCCGUAAGUGCUAAUGGGAACCAAAGGAGUAUCCGUUGUGCAUUUAUCACAAGUUCAAGACAAGUUAUAGUUCAGCUUGCAUAUACCUAAUCUUUGCAUUCAUUGAAUUUUCUCAAAUUUAACAAUAAUUGUUAAAUUUAACGUAACGCAAGAGUGGGUAGGGGAGGCCUCUGCGUUACACUCAUCAUUCAUUACUUGAAAUGGAAAGUACACAGGACAGGGGACGCUAGGAUAAGUUGACUUACAGCCUUACAGAUUAGAUUCAUUACAAUUAGAAAAUUAUGGACUGAUUAGGUAAAGAUAAAACUGUUGAUUAUAGGAGUUUAUAUUUGUAUUUCUUAUUUUUAUGGUUUUUGUGAAUUUAUAAAAGUUGACAAAUAAUCAUUAUCAUUUUUAUUUUUGACAAAAAUCAGUUGACUGAACUUUUUUGUUUUUAUAUCUUAGAUGGUAUUAUUUCAUUGAUCAAAAAAAGCAGGAAUUUAGUUAGGACUUAGGACGGUUGACAAUGUUAAGGGUUACGAUGGAUAUAAUAUUACUUUGGACUGAGAUGAUCACAGAUAUGCAGAAGACGACUAGCGAAAUUAGGAACACAAUUUGAUACAUUAUUGACUAUAUUUUGACAAAUAGGGUUUGACAAAUUUCUUUACAAUAUCGAAUGGAAGCUCAAAAAGUGUUAUCUAACACUAAUAUGAGAGUUAUUUGGGGAUGAUGCUGGUGCUGUCAAUGACUAACAUCGGUUAUUGACACUAUUGGUAAUCAGCUUGAAAUAAUUUUCAGAAUGUAUUAUAAAAUAAUUGAGGAUAUUAUCUGAAUAUUGUUUGGGGAAGCUGUCAGAAAAACUAGUUGCCCAUAUCGGUUAAAAACGGUAGCUCUGGUAGCUGUCUUCGAAUAAUUUUCAGAAAUAUCAAAUGUUUAAAAUUAGCUACGACACAUUUUUUUUUCGUUUUGCUCUUUGUUCAUUUCUUAAGAAUAGUACUCUGAAGGCGUUAACAUAGACAUAGACACCCUUUUUUUUAUCUCUGAAUGUUGUCCAGUGACCUCGGAGAUUUUCGAUUAUUGAAAUAUUGUUCAAUUAUCAAAUCAUCUUUGGAGCUUCCAUUCGAUCAAAACACUAGUGCGAUGGGAAAAGUUAAAAACAAUAUUUUUAAAAACUACUACGACCCAAUGCUAAUUACUACACACUUUGCUCAAGUUGACGACAUCGUCUAGUCCAUCGUGAGUAUUGGUCCUAGUAGGGGGAAAGUUGGGAAAGGGUCCAGGCUUUGCUAUCAGCUGUCCUGCAGCUCCACCUGGUCACUCUUCAAAAAAAAAAAAAAAAAGUUCAUCUAACAUUGCUUUGGAUAUUCAGAAUGAUCGUUAGUUUUUCCCCUGUAAUUUUUCAGACAUUUUCGAAGGAGGUACGCCGAGAAAUACUCCAAGACUGCCACCAAAAUUGCCGUAUUCCUUACUAUUAUUGGUUUCCACAAAUUAUUUUUUUAAAUUUUGAAGUGAUUCUUGCAAAAUUAUUCAAAAAAUCAUACUUGAGAAAUUUUCUCACUCAUUUUCUAUGCAUAUGUUUUCGUCAUAAAUUUCGCCAAAAAAUCAUCCAACGAGUUUUCAUAAGAAAUUCCUCAUUCGAAGCAUCGCCUUUCCCUAGGGCACAAACUAAGAAAGUUGUAAUAUUUUUAUUUUCAUUCUUGGAAAUUUUAGCAAACAUCCCUCUAAGAAAUUCCUCUGAAAUCAGUCCACAACCACAAGUACGAAGAAAAUACCCGCAAUUAUGUUCAUAGAAAUCUAUUCAGAAACUCGUUCAAUAAACCUCUGAGCGUUUCUUCUUAAAUUCCUCAGAUAAAAUCGCCAAGAAUGUAUUUACCAAUCAGGGUUUAGCCAAAAAAUCACUCAAUGACAUCCGUUUAACUUCUUCUGAAAACUUCAUCAAUAAUUUUCUAAGAAAUUCCAUCAAUGUGUCCCAAAAAGUUUCUGCUGGUACCGACCUAAGAGUUAAUGUGGUCAACACGUCUACUAGUUCAUCAGCCUCUUGGCUAUCUGGAUCAAUCUAGUUCUGCAUAAUAUAUGCUAGAAAAUUGAAUAUACAUGCGAUUUUGUACAUUUUUUUUUGGAAUAAGCGUGAAAGUUUUCUUAAGAAAAUGUUCAUUAUGCGUUACUCCAGAAUUUUCUGAAUAAAGUUCGUCCAAUAAUUCUUAGUCACUAAUGUUUUUUGUGUGCUAAAAGUCACUAUUUAUUUAGUCACUUUUUUUCUAUCUGUAUGUCACUAUGUGGUCACUAUUUUUGAGAAAUUGGUCACUAAAUUAACUAUUUCGAGCAUCAUGUUUUGCUACCAGCCCUGUAAAUGCAAGUAAUCCAACAUAUUCCAGGUGUUUGUCAUGAUUCAAAAAUCAUUACGUGUCCUGGAUUUCUUUUAAAUUAUUUUUAGACAAAUAUUCAGUGAUCCUUUGGACGCUCCUAGUGCCCUGGUGCCAAAAAUGGUCAAUCUUGCUAUGUAGCAUAUGCAAUGUUCUUCUGUUCUUCAGUAAUUUCCUUUCUUAGAGAAAAUCUCCCAGGAUGUUUUUUUUUUUAGAAUCUUCGUUAUAGAUUUUUUUUCUAGAAUUCAUUGAAUUAAUUUAUCAAUUCCUAUAGAAAUUCAGAAAAGAUUAUAGAAAAUUUUGGAGGAAUUCUCAAGUUAUUUUUCCCAAAAUCAUGUAAACUAGUAUUUAUAAUAUUUUCUCAAUUGCUAAGCAUUUUUUAAAUCAUAGUGCAAUUCUGAAUGAUGGUUGGUUUUCCCUGGAAGAUUUUUUUUGCUUUCUGAAUGAUUUUUUGAGGACUCUAGAAACAUGAAACGUGAGUUGUUUAUGGGACAUUUUCUGAAAACAAAAAUAUAUCUGUAGGAAGUAGAGGUAGGUAUAAGAUAAUAACAAUUAUAAUAAAACUGAUUCAACAAUUCUUUACAAUGACUACAACGAAUGCAGAUUUCAAAGAAAGAGUUUCAUAAAGAUUUGAACAACCUUGAAUAUUUCAACGGUACAGAACAAUGAAUGCCUACUAGUCUUUGAAGAAUAUUACUAAAUAUGCUUUAUUAUGUAUCAUCAUUCAGUGUAGCAGGCUAGGAUUGCAAGUGUAGAUAUAAAGUUGUGCCCUCCAUGAAAGAUUGGACGACCAAAAUUAUGACAAAACUGUCAUGGAGUGACCCUUGAGAGUUAAGAGGUUCAUGGAUCCUAUUUCGUUGUUCAACGUUACUAUCUAAAACGAAAUCACCCCAUGUUACAGUGGUUGUUUUUAUCAACUGUGCUCCAUAGCAGUAAGGAUGACCUAUAAUAUCCCAAAAAUAUAUAACAAUGCUUAUUGUUCCUCGGACUACUUUGGUAAAUACAGUUGAUUAUGUAACACUACUUAACGUAGUCGCAAAAACUAUUAUCACAUGUGUAGACCUGAAGCUAUGGUCUCCGGAGUAGUUUGGUUGAUCUGGAAUAUCUCAAAAGUAUUUUGAAAUGACUCAUGAAAUACCAGGAAGAUUACAUAUUACAGUAGGAUAUGUAAUGUUAUAGUUCAUUGUGAAAAUAACUACUGUUACUGUCAAGAGCUAAAUUUCAGGACAGUUUGGACGACCCCAAAUGUCCCAAUAGUUUAUAAUAAUAUCUAGUGGACUUCAGGUUGGUCCAGUAACCGCGAUUGAUUACACAACGUUACACAGUAUAGACCACCUCACG